GAGAGGAGUUGGCAGGGUGUAGGCUUCAACAGGAAUCCUCUCCCUCUCAUACCUUGUGCAUCUCAUAGUUUGACAAGUAGACCGUCUUUUAUUCUCUUAUAGCUGGAAACUUUUUAAGUUCAUAUCCUUUUAGGCGCACCGGACUGCUCAGCUGCACAACCGCCUUCAUAUUUUUUCCCCCUUUAACUCUUUAAUUUAAACAGCGUAAAUUUUCCAAGAUGACCUGGACGGUGAACAGUUGUUUUGUCACGCUGGCCAUCCUGUUUCUUUGGCGAGUGGAAGAAAUUGCAGAGGCCUGCAGCUGCUCCCCAGCGCAUCCUCAACAAGCGUUUUGCAGCGCAGACGUCGUUAUCAGGGCAAAGGUGGUUGGACAGGAGGAGGUUGACGUCGGCAACAACAUCUAUGGAAACCCCAUCAAACAGAUCAAGUAUGACAUCAAACAGAUCAAGAUGUUCAAAGGUCCCAGCCAGAAUAUUGACGCCAUCUACACUGCUUCCUCCUCUGCAGUGUGUGGAGUGACUCUAGAGACUAAUGGCAAGGAGUAUCUCAUCACAGGCAGACUGGAGGCUGAUGGGAAGAUGCAUGUCACACUGUGCCAAUUAAUUGAGCCCUGGGAUACCCUGACUGACACCCAGAAGAAGAGCUUGGUUCAGCGCUAUGAAAUGGGCUGUGAUUGCAAGAUCACUCACUGCACCUCCAUCCCCUGCAUGAUCAGCAGCCCAGCGGAGUGCCUGUGGACGGACUGGGUGAUUGAGAAGACAGUCAACGGAGAGCAGGCCAAACACUUUGCUUGUGUCAAGAGGAGUGAUGACUCUUGUGCCUGGUAUAGAGGAGCUGCGCCGCCCAAAAAGGACUUCCUGGACAUCGAAGACCCAUAACUCCACCACUGUCCUAUUGUCUGAGGAUGUCUGCAGUUGAAAUAUACUAAGAUAUAAAUACCAAAAACAGAAAUAAAUACACGAUUCAAAUUGUUAUUUUGUUUUCUUCUUAUUAAGAAAGCUGCAGGGUGUGUGUGCUAUGUGGUGAGGUUGGAAAAAAAAUUGAAUUGUUAUGUGUUUUAGUUGCAGGACUCAUUAUGUUUUUAUUCAUCAGUCUUUUGAAUUCAGCACCUUCUGAAGCUUCUACCCCAAAAUCUAAAGCACUUCCUCAUAAACCACUUCUCCCUCAGCUGAGAUAAAGGGAUAAUCAUCACAAUUCAGUGUUAACUCCUCACAGUACUUUUGUUUCUGCGCUAGCGAUUUUUGUUUUUUUUUAACAAAAGCUAUUGUUUGACAUGAACUAUAAUUCUAUAAUGAAACACAUACAUGCCUAAAACUCAAAAUGUAACAAUUCUGUGAAUCUGUGUGUUGUUUAGUAACAUUAGCUGGCAAUCGGCAUCCUGAUUUGUGACAGCAGAGCUACCACAAGGAAUUAAUGCCACCUCUUGCCUGUCCUGCUUCAUAUUCUUUCUUGUGCUGAGUAUGCAUAUCUUUUCACUUCUGUUUUUUUUUUUUUUAAAGGUGUGGCAAACCUGUUUAGAAUAAGAGUGGCACGUCAAUGGUCAGAUUUCAGAUGCCAGCCUGUGCACACAAUCAGUGUUUUGUAAUUGUUGUCUUUAAAUAAUCCUGAAUAGACAAGAAUGCACUUUGAACACAAUGGUCACAGCAGUCAUAAUGUCUCUAAUGAAAAAUGUCUGAAAAAGAGGAUUGAAUCCUCCAUUUUGUAUUUUGUAUUUUUUUAUAUUACAGUUCUUCUCUUUAUAAUGCUUUAGUAAGUGUAAGAGCAUAUUUUAUUUAAGGAAGUUGUAUGAUUCAUCAUAAUUAUUGAAAAACUGCCCUCAUUUUGAUACUUUUUAUGACAAAUGACACAUUUGGUUUUGUAUAAAGAGAAGACCUAGUAUUUUAACAGUAUUAGCAAAAUACACACAUUUUACAUGCAUUAAAGGUCAAAUUGUAGUCUGAACUGUUAACUGUCUAACGGGCUCAUCCUUUGUGUCAGUGAAUUAAAGAACACAUUUUAACCAAUUAUCAGUUUAUUACAAGAGCAAUGGGAAUGACCAUAAAAGUGUUGAACAUAUGUCAAGUGACUUAAUAUGAAAAUUAAUAUGAGAGUGUAAAAAAAUUCUUCAUUUGAAACUGUAGUCAAGUAUAAUGUCUUGUGCUGGUUUCACAUGGGACUUUUGAGAUAAGAUGAUUUUUGCAUGCAUGUCCAACUGAAACAAUACUGUACAUUUGACUAUUAUAUUAAAUGCCAAACCCUGA